AUGGAAUUUGGUCGAAAAAUAACAAUAUGCUUGUUCAUGAUGAUCAUAAUAUGGUGUUACGAAAUCGAAGGUAGAGAACCUGUGUUGCAUAGGGUAGGAGGCGGAAGGUAUACUUGGCGACCAAACGUUAACUUCACAAACUGGACAAGUUAUGAGCAUUUCUACCAGGAUGAUUGGCUAUAUUUUGGUUUUGAUAGGAAUGUUCAUAAUGUUCUUGAGGUGAACAAAACAAACUAUGAGAACUGUAUUGAAACGGAUUUCAUAAAGAAUGUUACAAGAGGAGGAAGAGAUGUUGUCCAACUCUUGGAGAUGAGGUCGUAUUACUAUAUAUGUGGUAGAGGUUUUUGCAUCAAUGGAAUGAAGGUUGAAAUAAAUGUUGAACCAGAUCUACCACUUUCUCCAACCAUUUUCAACCAGGCUUCUUCUACAACAAAAAUGAAUGUAUUGUUUUCUGUCAUAGGUUUAGCAUGGAACUUCAUAUAG